GUCUGAACUUAAAUUGUUUGUUGUUGAGAUCAAAGAGGAUGGCUCAUCAGGGAAGAGGCAAUGCAAUAAUCGUCGCCGUGGCACUGGUGGUUUGCAUGGUGGUGUUCCUCCGUUUUGAGGUGGUUCAGGGAGCUAGCUUUACAGUAGGAGAUGCUGGUGGUUGGACCUUUAGUGUCUCAGGUUGGCCCAAUGGCAAGAGUUUUAAGGCUGGUGACAUUCUUCAGUUCAACUAUGGCCCGGGAAAUCACAAUGUGGUUGUUGUGGGUAAGGCAGAUCAUGACAAUUGCAAUGUCCCCAAUGGGGCAAAAACAUAUACAAGUGGAAGAGAUCAGGUAAGGCUUGCAAAGGGACCAAACUACUUCAUCUGUGGAAUUCCAGGCCACUGUCAAGCUGGCAUGAGUAUUGCUGUUACUGCCAAUUAAAGCAGCACCACCUUUAAAUUUAUAAACCUUGCUUUUCUAUGGUUAAUAAUCUUUAGUUAAUUUUUAAAUUCUAUAAAAAAAAAUCACAGUGUUUUGUUUUUAAUCUUUUUUAUUAGCAAUAAAAUCACCAGUGCUUAUGUCAUGAUGAUAUAUAAAUGAAAAA